AAGGUGGCUUGGGCCGUACUACAUUCAAAAACUUACAAAAAGGGUUACGAAAACCCUAAUCCCUCUCUCUCUUCUUUGGCGUUGUCUCUCGAUCACCGAAAGCAAGUUUUCUCCCUUCGCAUCUCUCAGGCUUAAAUGGAUAAGAAGAAGGGGAAGCAAAGUGUGAAAGAUUCUUCUAAAGAACCCAAAAAGAAGAAAGUCUCUGAGAUUCUUGCAAGCAUGGAUCAGAAAAAGGAGAAAGGUUCAUCGUCCAGAGCCAAAGAAUCUACUCCAUAUCUUAAUAACGAAGAUGUCCCUACUGAUGAGGAAGAGGACGGCAGCUCUUUUGAUGAGGAAGAGAUUCAGGCUAGAAAGGAGAGGAGUGAACAAAGGCCUCUUGAGAUCACUGUGACUGAUAAGCAAAAGAAUAAGCUAAAGGCGAAAGAAAGAAAAGGUCUCGAGGCUACAGAGCGUGCAAAGAUGGAGGCUUUGAAAGAUGGCAGUGAUCCAUUCACUGUUGUUAUUGGAAGCAAAAGAUCUGUGCUUGAAGGAGAAGACACAUCUGAUGCUAAUGUUAAAGAUAUAACCGUUGAGUCUUUCUCUGUCUCUGCUCGAGGUAAGGAGCUUUUGAAAGAUGCAACUGUGAAGAUCUCACAUGGGAAAAAGUAUGGAUUGGUUGGGCCUAAUGGGACGGGGAAGUCUACACUGUUGAAGCUUUUAGCUUGGAGGAAGAUCCCAGUUCCCAAGAAUAUUGAUGUUCUUUAUGUUGAGCAAGAGGUGGUUGGUGAUGACAAGAGUGCUUUGCAGGCGGUUGUUUCUGCUAAUGAAGAGUUGGUUAAGCUACGAGGAGAAGCUGAAGCUCUGCAGAGUUCAAAUGGUGAAGAUGAUGGAGAAAAGCUUGUUGAGUUGUAUGAGAGGCUACAGAUGUUGGGGUCAGAUGCUGCUGAAGCACAGGCUUCCAAGAUCCUUGCGGGGCUAGGUUUCACAAAAGAGAUGCAAGUUCGUGAGACUAAGUCGUUCAGUGGUGGAUGGAGGAUGAGAAUCUCGUUAGCUAGAGCUUUGUUUGUGCAACCUACUCUUUUGUUGUUAGAUGAACCCACCAACCAUCUCGACCUGAGAGCUGUUCUGUGGUUGGAGGAGUACUUGUGUCUCUGGAAGAAGACGUUGGUUGUUGUUUCACAUGACCGGGACUUCCUCAACUCUGUCUGCACGGGUAUUAUACAACUACACGACCAGAAACUCAACUUGUAUCGUGGUAACUUCGAUAGUUACGAAACUGCAUUUCAUAAGAACCGCGCGGAGAUGAAGAAGAAUUACGAGAAACAAGUUAAAGCAGAGAAUAGAUCUGGAAACCGUGCUCAAAAGAAGAAGGUUAAGGACAAGGAUAAAGACUAUAGCGUGGAGUUUCAUUUUCCAAAACCAACUGAGCUCACUCCUCCUCUUCUGCAGUUGCUGGAGGUUAGCUUCUUCUACCCGGACAGGCCAGAUUUCAAGCUCUCAGAUGUGGAUGUAGGGAUAGAUAUGGGUACAAGGGUCGCUAUAGUUGGGCCUAACGGAGCUGGAAAGUCUACUCUUCUCAACCUUCUUGCUGGUGACUUAGUUCCAACGGAGGGUGAAGUGAGAACAAGCCAAACGCUGAGGAUCGGUAGAUACUCUCAGCACUUUGUUGACUUGUUAAAAAUGGAUGAAAAUCCGGUUGACUAUCUUCUCCGUCUCCAUCCUGACCCUGACAAAGAGGGGAGUGCCUCAAACUCACAGGAGGCGGUGCGUGCGAAGCUAGGCAAGUUUGGGCUACCAAGUGGCAACCACAAAACUCCAAUAGUCAAUCUGUCUGGUGGACAAAAAGCUAGAGUUGUGUUCACCUCGAUCUCAAUGUCCAAGCCACACAUUUUGCUUCUCGACGAGCCUACGAAUCACUUGGACAUGGAGAGUAUAGAUGCGCUGGCGGAUGCGUUAGAUGAGUUCAGUGGAGGAGUUGUGCUGGUGAGUCAUGACUCGAGACUCAUAUCACGUGUGUGUGAGGAUGAGGAGAAGAGUCAGAUUUGGGUGGUGGAAGAUGGAACAGUGUCUUUCUUUGAUGGCACGUUCGAAGAGUACAAAAAAGAACUCCAAAUACAAAUCAGAGAAGAGGUUAAUGAGUGAUGUUUUGUUGUUAGCUCCUAAAGGUAGAACUCAAACUCCUUUUAAAGUUUUGGACAAAUUUUAUUUUAGACAUUGUGUGUUUUCAUCAUGGAUGCGUCAAUGGCAUGACACCUUAUUCGUUUUCCCCAUGUUACAUAUCCAAACUGUAGUAUUAUGUUUCGUGGGGAAGAAAGGUGAUGUGUUUGUUUAUGUGUUUCUCGUUAGUGUGUUUUCAUUAGAGCAUAAUUAACGGCAAACAUUCCUUUAGUUAAAGUUGUCUAUCUGAAAUUUUAUUAGCGCUUUAUAAGCAACAAGUUUCCCUU